AUGAAGAAGAAGAAAAGAAUAAAGAACAAAAGGAGGGAGGCUUAUGUGCUUGCUCUAUUACAUUUCCUUGAUCCAAAGAAAUUCAAGAAUAAAGGUGAUUUUGUUGAAAAAUACAAGAAUCUAAGCUCCUUUAAUGACAUUGAGCUUGCUAAUCUUCACAAGGAAUUGAGGCCUCACAUUCUUCGAAGAGUUAUCAAGGAUGUGGAGAAGUCUUUGCCUCUAAAAAUUGAGCACAUCCUCUGGGUUGAAAUAUCUCCCCUUCAGAAACAGUAUUACAAGUGGAUUUUAGAACGUAACUUUCACAACCUGAACAAAGGAGUCCGCGGAAAUCAGCUGGACAUCGUUUCACACCCAAAAGAUGGCCCCAAAGUAACUGAUGGAAUUGCUCUAGCAAUAAUUCAAUCUAUUCACAAGGGACUCAUCAUUGAGAUCUUGUACAGGUGCUUCCAUUUCCAUCUGAUUAGGUACAUUGACAUCUUGUUUCUUGUUUCUUCAUUUUCUUUCAUGUUGCUAUGCAUCAUUUUCUCCUAUCCAAUCUGAAAAGAAUCCUUUAUAGGCUCUAUGACUCGGCCUUUUAUGACACUGUUUACAAAAAUUGCCCAAGGUUCACUUCAAUUGAGCCAUGAGUAAGACUCAAAUAUCAGCAUGAUUUAAAGCCCUAAAAAGGUUUAAGAAAUGUUUCUACCACAUUUUGAGGAUCAUGCCCUAUCAUGCCCUAAAAUGAACUGGCAAAAUGGAUGGAUAGUGGGGAUAAAAACAUACAUCAGAUCAAGUCCCCAGCUCAUCAUUGGGUCCCCACAGCGCAAAACCACCGUUUUGCAAGCUCAAUCUAGGGCAUGAGCCAAAAAAUGAAGCAAAUCUGAAGCUCAAGUGGACCACACCACGGGAAAUAGCGGGGAUAAUGGCACCUAUUGUGUAAACCUUCCUAGGGUCUUCUGUAAUGUUUAUCUGCCAUCCAACCCAUU